UUUAUCGGAAGUUAAUAUAAGUAAGAUGGUGUUAUCUUUAUCCAACGCCAUUACUUUAAGGUCUGCAUUUGGUAAGGUUUCGGAACGCCACGAAGCUUUCUUGCCACUUGUGCAUAAAAUUGUGCUGGUGUUGGAAGGUUUUAGUGUUGCUGAUAUUUUCCCUUCUGUUAAAUUUCUUCAUGGAAUUACUGCGAUGAGGAGUAAAAUAGAGAAGUUGCAUCAAGAAGCGGAUAUAAUGCUUGAAAACAUAAUUAAUGAACAUAGAGAAAAUAAGAGAUUGGGUAGAAGCAAUACUCAAGGCAAAGAAGAUGAUCUUGUUGAUGUUCUUUUGAAUCUUCAGUGUGGUGAUAGCCUUGAAUUCCCCCUGAGGAUAGAAAAUAUAAAAGCAGUCAUGUUGGACAUGUUCCUGGCUGGAACCGAAACGUCUGCUACAGUAAUUGAAUGGGCAAUGUCAGAAAUGGUAAAAGAUUCAAGAGUGAUGAAAAAAGCGCAAGAAGAGAUAAGGCAGGUUUUUAAUGAAAAAGAAAAUAUAGAUGAAACAAGAUUUGAUGAACUGAAGUACCUAAAAUUAGUUAUUAAAGAAACUUUGAGAUUACAUCCUCCAGCUCCUUUACUUGCUCCAAGAGAAUGCCUAGAGGCAGUGGAGAUCGAUGGGUAUGAAGUACCAAUCAACACCAAAGUCAUUAUUAAUGCGUGGGCAAUUGGAAGGGACAGUCGUCACUGGAAUGAAGCUGAGAAAUUUUAUCCAGUCACUGGAAUGGAAGUCUGA